AUGCCGACAUUCGAGUCGAAGCCAUUGCGCAAGUCCAGCUCAUUCGUGGCGAGGCUCGCUCCGCAAGUGCGUCGGAGACCUCUGCUCUUCUUUGGAAUCCCGUUUAUUGCCACCAUCGUCGGUGCGAGCUUUGGCCUGGCCAACUUGACCCAGACCCGCUACGACUACAAUGCAACCAAGGUGCAGACGAUAUCCAAGGAGGAAGAGCUGCGCAUGAAGAAGGACCGCAAGAGGAUCGACAUUCGCGAAGAGUACUUUAAACUGCAAUCCAAGCAGGAUGAGCUGGACGAAUGGGAGCCCAAGAGGAUCGAACGUCCCGAUGGCGUCGCAGAGUGGGGUGUGGCGCCUGCCAACUACCGAUCGAUCGAGGCCGAGGGGCUUUCACCUCGCGAUGCCGAGCAGGAGAAGAGCAAGGGAAUUACAGCGGAAAACGUGCAAUCGUCUCGAAAGCAGCCACCGGUGGUGCUUGGUCCGGAUGGCAAGCCUUGCCGCGCUUGCAACUCGAAGCUUGCCUUCGCCGCUGCCAUGAAGGGAGCGAAGCAACCAUCUAGCACAAAGACUGGCACAUCGUCGGGAGCGGUCAAGGCCGGAGCUGGUGCUGCACUCGCAACGUCUGCGUUGAGCACCAGCUCCGACGCCCCAAAAGAUCGAGCUUGCCCUCCGGACGGCGAGGAGCUGGGUCGGUCUGCCUGGAGUUUCUUGCACUCGGCCGCGGCCUACUUUCCCGAAGAUCCGUCCGCUCAGCAGCAGACAUCGAUGCUCGCUGUGUUCCGCGCGCUCCCUCACAUCUAUCCGUGCCACUCGUGUGCAGAAGCUCUGGGCGAAGAGUACAAGCGCGAGGAAAAGGAAGGUGGCUGGGAAGACCGCAGCUUGCGGCUGUCGGAGGCGGUGCGCUCGGGCCCGGCACUGCGCAAAUGGCUGUGUGGCAUCCACAACGAAGUCAACCAGCGUCUUGGCAAGCCUGCUUUCCCAUGCACCGAAGCCAAGCUCGCCGAAAGGUGGCUCGACGGUCCCGCGGACGGCAGCUGCGAUUGA